AUGGCUUCCAUGCCAUUUUCUUCAUUUCGACUUCCUUCAAAUCUAUCAUUUUUAAUUUUGAAUCUCAAUUCCUUUGUUACUGUCAAACUAGAUAUCAAUAAUUUCAUAGUUUGGAAUAAUCAGUGGCAUAAUAUAUUGCGAGCAACAAGCUUGAUUUCUUACAUUGAUGGAUCCAUUGCUCCACCUUUAGAUUUCAUCAAAGAUGUUGCUGGUAUAGAUGUUCUUAAUCCAAAUCUCAAUCAAUGGCAGAUCAUAGAUGCUCAUCUGUUAAGUUGUGUUACAAACAAGCUUCAUAGUAUUGUCAAAGCUUCAAAUUCAAUGGAAGAUUACCUGUUACAGAUCAAAGCGAUUGCAGAUCAGUUAUCUCUUGCUGGCUCUGCAAUAGAUGAUAAAGAUCUUGUUCUCUUGACUUUUAAUGGACUUCUAUCGGAAUAUAAUGCUUUUAAAACUACAAUUCGUGCUAAAACUAACUCUGUUUCCACGAAAGUUCUGUCAUCUCUUUUGUGUUCAGAGGCCAUUCAUAUUGAAAAUGCUACCAAAGUUUCAUCUGAUCUUCAUGUUGUCUAUGCUACAUCAUCUGUUUCACAACCUCACAUUAAGUCAUCUUCUCAUAAUUCAUCAUCUGGUUCUCGAGGAUAUAAUCGAGGAAAUCAUUGA